AUGUUGUCGGACGAAUAUAAAUACCCAGUUUCGAGUUCGAAAGGAAGAGGUCCAUGGAUUCCGGGAAGUGACUUAACGAGUGAGGGAGAGCCUGCUAGCAGCUGUGAGCAAAGCUGUGAAGAAACCAGAAGUAGAAGUAGAAGCAGCAUACCAUGGCAAAGAGAAGAAAGCCUUGCCCUGGGAUUUGAUGUUAGCAUUGGCCCUUGGUUCUACUACUUUUAUUACUGUACAAUCAAGGUUUAUGCUUGUAUGUAUAUGGAGGACAUGGAGCUCAACGUGCGGUCUUAUUGUGAAUACAAUGGCUUAAAGUUUGGGGUUAGGGGAUACGUCGACUGA